CAUUAUAGACUUUAGAAGGAGAAAAAAGAAAUUAAUGGAUGAUAAAUCUUAGUUGAACCUGAUUAUAAAAGUCUUAUAUUAAAUGUGAACAUAUCUGAUAUUAAAUAUAUCUUUUUAACAUUUGAUGUUACAUCACCUUAGAAAAUACAUGUAUAAUACAACCAAGGCUCUUCCUUUGGAGCAACUUACCAGAUGGGGACUACAUAAUGCCACAGUGGUUAGAAAUGCCAGUACACCAGAAUUGUAUGAGAUUGCUGCAAUGGAUCCAUUAUCACCAGAUCCAGAGACUAGAUAAGGUUCAAUUUCAAGUACAGGAGCAAUGGUAGCAUAUUCCGGAAGAAGAACAGGGUAAUAGAGUGAUUGAUUGAUUUAAUUUAGUCGUUCACCAAAAGACAAGAGAGUUGUAUUAGACGAAUAGACAGAAUAAGAAAUUUGGUGGGGAGAUGUUAACAUUCCAAUUCCUAAGAAAUCUCAUAAUUUAUUAGAAUAAAUAGCUUUAUAAUUUUUAAACACAAGACCAAGAGUAAGAGAAUUGAAUAAUAAAUGAUAGUUAUUUGUUGUUGAUGGAUAUGCAGGAUGGGAUCCUCAUAGUCGUUUAAGAAUUAGAGUAUUUUGUACAAGAGCUUAUCAUGCAUUAUUUAUGUAAAAUAUGCUUAUAAAACCAACGACGGAAGAAUUGAAGAGAGAUUUUAGUGAUGAUGUUGAUUUUCAUAUUUUUAAUGCUGGUCCUAUGUCAGCACCAAAAUUAGUAGAAGGAGUAGGUUCUGAAACUUGUGUAUCUGUAAAUCUGACAGAUAAAAAAAUGGUAAUAUUAGGAACUUAAUAUGCUGGUGAAAUGAAGAAAGGAGUAUUUGGAGUUACUCAUUAUAUGUUACCAAAAUAAGGUAUUCUAACACUUCAUAGUUCUGCUAAUGAAGGUGUUAAUGGUGAUGUAACACUAUUAUUUGGAUUAAGUGGUACUGGUAAAACUACACUCAGUGCUGAUCCAAAAAGAAAAUUAAUUGGUGAUGAUGAACAUGGAUGGUCUGAUUUAGGCAUUUUUAAUAUUGAAGGAGGAUGUUAUGCUAAAUGUGUUGAUUUAACAUAUGAAAAAGAACCUGAAAUUUAUAAUGCAGUUAAGUAUAUAUUAAUAUGUAAAUUCAAGGUUUGGUGCUGUAUUAGAAAAUGUUGAAUUUAUUUCAAAAGAUUCUAGAUAAGUUGAUUAUCAUAAUAUUUCCAUUACUGAAAAUACUAGAGUUAGUUAUCCACUUGAUUUCAUUCCUGGAGCAAAAAAUCCAGCUCUUGGUAGCCAUCCUUAAAAUAUACUAUUUCUUACUUGUGAUGCUUAUGGAGUCUUACCACCUGUUUCUUUAUUAACACCUGAAUAAGCUAUGUAUCAUUUCAUUUCAGGAUAUACAGCUAAAGUAUAAACUAAGUUUUUAAACUUUUUAGGUUGCUGGUACUGAAAUGGGAGUCAAAGAACCUGUUGCUACUUUUUCUGCAUGUUUUGGUGAAGCAUUCUUACCAUUACAUCCAACACUUUAUGCAACUAUGUUAGCUGAUAAAAUGAAAUAACAUGGAACUAAAUGUUGGUUAAUUAAUACUGGAUGGUCUGGUGGUAAAUAUGGAGUUGGAAAAAGAAUGUCUCUCAAAAAUACAAGAUCUAUUAUUGAUGCUAUUCAUAGUGGAGAAUUAGCUAAUGGAUAAUUUGAUAAUUUUGAAGUCUUCAAUUUAUAAAUUCCUAAAAGAGCUACUGGAGUACCUGAUUAAAUUCUUCAUCCCAAAAAUACUUGGACGUAUUAUUCUAUUCAUUAUAUUUCAUAGAAAUAAAGCUGAAUUUGAUAGAACUUUAAGAAAUCUAGGAGAUAAAUUCAAAAAGAACUUCUAAAAAUAUUAGAACAAAGCUUCACCAGAAGUUAUUAAUGCAGGUCCAAAAAUUUGAGUACAUAUUGCAGAU